GUCCGUUACUCCUCAACCGCCAAAUACACAAAAACACUUCGAAUAACCCGGCAGCCGCCUCGUCCAACCCUCUUGUUACCAUUCCACCCGUGACUCCAGCAACCAAAAUCUAGUAAUUUUUUAUUUGAAACUGUCCCCAUCCGGGUUUACAUAACCUCGCUUUUUAUUGAUCUCAAAACAGCCAAAACAUCGUCUCCGAAACAAAAAUCCUGACAUGGACCCCCCGCAACGCGAACACGACAUCUUCAAAGACACCCCGGUUCGGCUUUUAGGUUACGCCAACGAAGUCGGAGAAGCGCUGCGGGGCUUCAUUGGGACCAAAUGGGUGCGCUUCUCCUACCAAGUCGCUACGCUGUACGUGGUGGCAGACACCCUCGACAAAACGGCGAAAUCCCUAUCUAGGGGCAAAGACACCGUGACGAAAACGGUGUUCGUGACUACGGAUACUCUGAUUUGGCAGAUGUUGGCUUCGGUGAUCAUUCCAGGCUUCACGAUUAAUCGUGUGUGCGCUUUCACUGACUAUGUGUUAAUUAGGACGAAAAUGCCUGUGACUAAUAGGAUGGUCGUGGUCACAGGUGCUGGUUUAGCUGUGAUACCUUUCAUUAUUAAACCCAUUGAUAGACUAGUGGAUUAUUUGCUCGAUCGUAGUUUUCGAAAGUUGCAACCUUAGUACUACAGAGUCAUUGAGGGAUUUAACAUUCCUUAGUUGUUUAGAGUGCCAAAGAGCUAGUAUUCGUAGUACGACGGUUUAGUGCGAUAGCCCCUUGUUAGUGAUUGUUGUGACGUGUGGCACCCCUGUUUAGUGCAAACAGUUGGUAAUGUUAUUGUUGAUUUGUUAUUAAUAAAAUUUCGUAGGCA